AGGAGGUCAGAGUUGAACUGUUAGUUAUCAAACAUGGUUGUGUAAGUUGAUGUAACAGCAGCUAUUAGCUAACGCUACAGCUCUCAGCAGUUACAGCACUACAGGACCAACCCGGCGGACACUAGCUCCAACAUGUUACUCUCUUCACUACGGACAACCAUUGUUUUCGGCUGCAGAAGUGCCGGCAGAGGAUUUCAACACAACACUCGGAGUCCACAGAUCCGACAAUGGCUUGUGAAGAGAGGUCAGAGCACCAUCACAGUGGAGGCGGGGGCCUCCUCCGCCCCGGCAGCAGCUACUGUCCCCAACGCAGCCACAAAUCGCAUAUUAGGACGCUGGUUACUGGGCUGCAGCGGGCUGGUGGUGGGGGCUGUCGUCCUGGGUGGUGUCACAAGGCUGACAGAAUCCGGGCUUUCCAUGGUUGACUGGCAUCUGGUGAGAGAGAUGAAGCCACCUCAGUCCCAAGCAGAGUGGGAGGCCGAGUUUUCCAAGUACCAACAGUUUCCUGAAUUCAAAAUAAUGAAUCAUGACAUGACCCUACCAGAGUUUAAGUUCAUCUUCUACAUGGAGUGGGGUCAUCGUAUGUGGGGAAGGCUGGUUGGACUUGCGUACGUCCUCCCCACCAUUUACUUCUGGAAGAAAGGAUACUUCACUCGCUCCAUGAAGGGAAGAGUGCUCGGGCUUUGUGGAUUUGUCUUCUUCCAGGGCCUUCUGGGGUGGUACAUGGUGAAAAGCGGUCUGGAGGAGAAGCCAGAGUCUUACGACAUCCCGCGUGUCAGCCAGUAUCGUCUGAGUGCUCAUCUCGGUUCUGCCUUGCUGCUUUACUGCGCCAGUCUCUGGACAGGGCUCACUCUGCUGAUGCCUGUACACAAGAUGGCAGAAACCAACCGUCUCAUGCAGCUUAGGAGGUUUGCCAAGGGAACCGGUGGACUCGUCUUCCUUACUGCUCUCUCAGGUGCUUUUGUAGCUGGUUUGGAUGCUGGGCUGGUGUAUAACUCCUUCCCUAAAAUGGGAGAUCGAUGGAUCCCAGACGAUCUGCUGGCGUUCUCUCCAACCCUCAAGAACAUCUUUGAAAAUCCCACGACUGUACAGUUCGACCACAGAAUUUUGGCAGUCUCUUCUUUGACCGCGAUUACAGGCCUCUAUCUGUUCUCAAGGAGGAUGGUGCUGCCCAGGAGGGCUAAGAUCGCCAUCAGCCUCCUCACAGCAAUGGCCUAUGGACAGGUUGCGCUCGGUAUCAGCACCCUGCUGCUGUACGUCCCCACUCCGCUGGCAGCAGUUCACCAGUCUGGCUCUGUGGCUCUCCUCUCACUGGCCAUUUGGGUUCUGGCCGAGCUCCGCAAGAUGCCUAAGUAAACACCGGCUCCUUUAUGGACAAAUCCAACCCCCAUAGCCACACCUCAAGCCUCUAAGAGCCAGCAGUGCCAUUGUGAACGAGGCCUUCAGGGAGGAAAGUGAAAAAAGAAAUGAUAAAUGCAUUAAAAAUGGAGAAAUGUUUCAUUUAACACUGGACUAUUAUGCAUAAUUAUACUGAAGCACCUCUCCUCUGGUGCUGCAAUGUAAUCCUCAUGUGGUGACAUUGAGUUAUUUCAUCUCACUGUUAUUAAAGCAGAGUGUUGUUGAUAAUUACAUGAAUACAUGAAGGCUGUCAAUGAGGAACCGUCUGAAACAUUUGCGGAUGCAUGUUGUCGUUAGAAGAUGACAACUUAAUGGGAAGGUUUUUGUUUUGCAAGGAAUAUAAACACAUGCAAAAGCAAAAACAAGCACAUUUUUAUUUUCUAUCCAGCUUUAAUGACACAGCAACAGGAUUAAUGACACAGCAACAGGAUUUCCAGUGAAGGGUACGUGUUUGGUUUGCAGACAGACAGAAAUAUUCUGCAGGAAUAUCUUAAGUAGACUGUUUUUGAUCUUGUACACAGUUUUAACAGGAUGUUUUGACUGAAAAUUUGCUUACUGAGUGGUUGCUCACUUAUUGCCUUGUGUCUGGUCACACACUGCCUGUUAGUUGAAUCAGAUGUGGCUGUUGGGAUUGUAUGUAAAAUGAUGUAUAUUUAAGUUAUGAACCCUUUCUAUCUGACGUGAUGAUGAAUUAUAAUGUUAAAAGAAUUGAUUGUUGCUUUGUACUGUAUAUUUGGGAAGUCUUAUUUUAAUAAAGACAAUUCAAAUUCAAA